UCACCCCCGUCCCAUCGUUUAUUAUUUUAUUUUGAUUUCAUAAUGACAAUAGGAAGUUUUGUUUUCUCAAAUCUCUAUAAGACUUUACUUAAUUCCAAAACAUAUUCAAUUAUAAACCUUCCUUGGUUUAGUUUUGGUAUGAAUUUACACAACUCAUGGCAACCAAAAAAAUGUUGAACUCUUCUUUUGGAUUUGGUCAAUUUCUCUUAAUAUAAAACAUUCUUCGAGGUCACUUAUGAGAACAGUAGUUAGCAAAAAAAAAAGACGUUGAUUUGAUUACCAAAAAAAUUGAUUCUAGUUUAACUAAUAUUUCUCAAUGUUGUGUCAGUCCGAGUUCGAGUGAUCACUGGGAUAAAAUUAAUAUAACAUGCUAUGAUUUCGGAAUUAUGAAGGAUUACGGGUUUCGGUCCAAACCUCUUGAUAUUAAAAAAGUGUUUCUAAAUGUUUUUAAUGGUAUAAAAUAGUUUUGAAUAAAUUAUGUCACUAUUUUGUAUAUUCAAGUUUUUGUUUGGACUUUUUUUAUUUCCUUCUUUUUCAAUAUUGUUUUACAAUGUAAACUCAGUUUCUUAUUUAACAUUUGGUUUGCCUUUUGAUGUUUUUUGUCAGUGUAAUUGGGAUUAAAUCUUCCUUCAUAUUUCACUGAAUUUCCCGUACAUUUUAUUAUCUGAUUAGUAUUAAUAGGUAUCAGGCAAAUCAUAAGAAGAGCAGGAAGAAAAAGAGAAGACAUAAUGAUGCAAACACCUCGUUGCUUUAAACUCGUGAAGAUAAGCUAUUCUUAAAAGUCAAAUUAGUUGUUUCAAAGUUUCAUCAGUUAACAACAAAAUAAAAUGUUAACCAAUGAUUACAGUGAGAACUAAGUCAUUACCAUAUGAAUGCUUUACCUAUCAAACUAACUUUCUGCGUAAUCAUUUUUCAAACUGCAAUUUAUAACUUUGCUUUCGGAUUCUUAAAACGAAGAUUAAGGCGAGAUUUAUGCUCUCAUCAUUACGGAUUUGUGGUAUGUCGUACCAAAAACUUUAUAUUAUAAUUAUUAAUCACCAACUUUAGCUAACAAACUGUACGAUUUAAUUAAUAUUUUGCGAAACUGUGGUGAUCACUUCAGUACCCUUAUUUUCUUUGUUCACAUAUAGUUAGUGUAACUUUAUAAUGUUUUUCCAUAUAAUGUUAACGUUCAUAUUUGUGAAGGUUUACAGGAUUAUAUCAGUUAAAAUGAUGUACUCAUGUACAGUAUAAAUUUUUUUGAGCAACAGUAUAAAUAUGUAAGAAAUAUACUCUUUUCUCAAAAACGUAUAUAAGAAAUACAAAAAUGAAAGGAAAUGUGAAAGGACAUAACUCGGCUGUCCAUCGUGUAGUGUACCAAAUGGGACAUGUGGAAGGUUGAAGCAAAGCUAUCCCCACUUUUUGUUGUUUAUUUUCUAUCUUUUUAUACAACUUUUUCUAUUCCUUUUUUCAUAAAGAAAGUGAUUAGAAAAAUGUCACACAAAUAUAUCUUUGGCAGUAAUGUUGAUUGAGACUUUAGCUCUCGCUUUAUCGGACACAUAUCAUGACCUUUGGAUCAUGGUCUGUCCCUCUUAUUUUAAGCAUUCAUCGACAUUUCUUUUGCUUUUCUUAUAUCAAUUUUCAGUUUUCAGCAUAAUAAUACAAAAAAAAAAACAAAUUCUAUUUCCAAACUAGAAUCAUGGCUCCUGGUUUGGGCCUAACUGAGCUGGACUAUAUAUCAUAUGGGCCUGCUAUGGAACUAUUUCCAGUUCAAAUGGGCUUUUGUGGUUACAAGAGCAGUCCCUAAAAUACAAGGUUGUUUGUAGAUAAAUUAUAUGAUUAGACUAACUAAAAACAGCAAACCUUUUUUUUCCUCUUAGUUGAUCAUUUCCUCCACGAUGAUGAUUGAGUCACUGGAUGCAGUCAUGCAGAAGGGAGACGUUUUUGAAGCUUAUUGAUCAAUAAAUCUUAUGUUGUUUUUCCCUCCAAUUCCAAUCCAAGAUGUAACUCAUUAAAUUUUCACCUACAUAAUUAUAAGGUCAGUAGAUACGCCGAACAUCGUUAAAAUUCGCGAUGUUCAGUUUUGACUUUUGGUAUUGGUUAAUUUAGUUUAGAUUUUUGAACGUUGAAUAUUUUUCAAAGGUGGAUCGGUUUGGUAUUUGCUUUAAUGUUUGGGCGUAAAUUAGUUUGACUUAGCGAGCAAAUCAUGGCGAUGAUUAAUCAGCGGAGACCAGAUGUGGACUUGUGGAGUUCCCUUUCAUAUGAACACACACAUGGCACAAUUAAUUGUAAAUCUCGUCCACUGUUUUCUUUGUUUAAACGUUAACAUUCCUUAUAGAAUUUUAACGUGAAAUCUUAAUUAAACAAAACAAAUUUACUACGUCGAUUGCAGAAAAAGGAACCAAAAAGUUGACUAUGCUAACGUAUGAUUCAAUGGAUUAACAGUUCAUGGUGCAUUUACAGAUCUAAUAGCUAAACCGACUUCAGCGUCAUUUGAUCGUAACAUUUUUUCUUAUUAAAAUAUACAAUAUUUUAGCUCCAUCAAUUGGAUGCAGGACUCACUGAUACAUUGUAUUUAUGGCUUAUGGUUUAUGUUGCAUGAAAGUAUUUUGUGUCGGUUGGAUUAAGUAAUAUUUUUUCUUUGAGAAAAUGGUUAAUUAAUAGUUCGUGAAUAUAAAAAGGUAAGAUCAUUCAGGUUUGUCCAAGUAGUUGAAGUAAUUAAGUGUUUUUUUUUCUUGUUUUCUUCCACUUUUGUUACUUCACAAUGUUUCAUUAUUAAAGAGAACAAGAAAGCGCACAAUUCAUCUAACAUGUUAAACGAUUGAACCUUGUGUAGAUGUUUUUUCUUUGAUCACAUCACUAAUAUUCAGCUUAAAUAUAUAUAUCCGAUGUGUAAUAAAUUCUUGUUUGGAAGGUUCGUCGCAUAUUUUUCAGCGUCAUAUUUCAGAUCAUGAUGAUAUAAUUCACAUUUGAAAAGUUAGCAAUAUUCUUUUUUUUUUUUUUUUUUAAGUUAGCAAUAUUCGAUGUUGGAAACCCGAUCGAGAUAACAUGACAGACAAUGAGUCACACAAUGCGGCUCGUAAGGUGCGGUCUUCAACGUGGCCCUAGUUUGUGUUCGCAUCUCUUAUAUUAUACGUCUGGUUAAAAGAUGAAAAUUAUUAUUCUAUUUUUAAAAUAAACAAUUUUAUUCUAUACUUCCUAAAAUGUACAUGAAGCUUCAUCAUCUUUCUCCUAUUUACUAAUUUAUUAUGUGUUAGUGUUACCUAACCCUAUAUAUAGGCUACACGGUCCUUCUUGAUAUAAGUGAGCUAAUCAAUAAGAGUGGUGAUCUUAACUUAAAAAUGUCUCUUUAUCACUCUCUUUGCUUUCUCCUCCUCCUCUCUCUAUGCCAUGGCUCUCACAGUCACAACCGGGGUGUCCGACCACGUCGAACUCCUCAUCUAGAUGGGCUUCUCCCAAAUGGCAACUUUGAGCACAUCCCUCUCAAAUCAAACAUGAAGGGCCGACAAAUAAUCGGCACAAACUCUCUCCCUCACUGGCAAAUCUCCGGCCAUGUGGAGUUAGUCUCCGGCGGACCACAGCCCGGAGGAUUCUAUUUUCCGGUCCCACGUGGGGUCCACGCGGUUAGACUAGGAAGCUUAGCAUCCAUCUCUCAAGAUGUGAGAGUAAAGCGAGGUUUGGUCUACUCUCUAACGUUCGGAGCCACGAAGAGUUGUGCUCAGGAUGAGAACAUCAAAGUCUCUGUGCCUGGUCAGGCCAAUGAGCUUCCCAUCCAGACGGUCUUUAGCUCCGACGGUGGCGACACUUAUGCUUGGGCUUUUAGGGCAAUGUCCGAUGUGGUUAGAGUCACUUUCCAUAACCCUGGUGUUCAAGAAGACCGUACGUGUGGACCCCUGGUAGAUGUUGUCGCUAUCAAAGAGAUUCUUCCUCUCCAGUAUAACCGAGGAAACUUGGUGAAAAACGGAGGGUUCGAGAUUGGUCCACACAUAUUCACUAACUACUCUACCGGAAUCUUGAUUCCGGCAAAGAUCCAAGACAUCAUCUCUCCACUUCCGGGAUGGAUCAUCGAGUCCCUCAAGCCGGUGAAGUACAUCGAUGAACGUCAUUACAAGGUUCCGUUUGGACUUGCAGCCGUCGAGCUCGUUGCCGGAAGAGAAAGUGCAAUCGCUCAGAUCAUACGUACCGUCGCCGGAAAGGCAUAUAUGCUCUCUUUCACGGUGGGAGACGCUCAAAACGGCUGCCACGGGUCGAUGAUGGUGGAGGCGUUUGCGGGAAAACAACCGUUCAAGCUUCCUUUCGUGUCAGAAGGUAAAGGAGCUUACAAAACAGGACAUUUUAAGUUUGUUGCCGAUUCAAACCGUACUAGGUUGACUUUUUACAGUGCGUUUUAUCAUACUAAGCUUCAUGACUUCGGCCAUCUUUGUGGACCUGUUCUUGAUAGUGUUAUUGUACUUCCGGCUCAUUAAUAAUUUGAAGGGUCCUUCUUGAUUAUAUUCAUACUGAAUGUUACAAUAAAAAAACCGUUUUUUAUU